GAUUGCUGGUUACCGUAGCAACCUCCAACCGUCAGCUCCCUGUUUUCUGUUGCCAUUUCCAUCUGUGGGGCAGAAGCUGCUGGACUGACUUUAAACUUCACUUUUUCUCUUGUUAGAAUAAAUACUGUGAGCCUUAAUGUGCCUGUUGUGAGGUCAGUCUUCUGGACUGGAGACAAACAGCUGGACAAUUCAAGACCCGACAGAACAAUGACUUCCUGUUUUGAACAAAGCAAGCAGGAAGUGAAGCUCUUUUGACCAGAGUAGUUGUGAGUUUGGUUUGCUGAUAAGCAGAGGAAGAUCGUAGCCUUACUGAUGGAGGGACUUAGAAGCGUGAUGGCCGCCCUGUCUGAGAACAUCCUGGCAGUGCUGACAGUCAACUUGUUACUGAGUGUGUCCUUUCUUUCAGGAAGACCGACUAGAUGUGAAGAGGACAAAGGUCUCUUCUUUACUGCACCGAGACAGAUCGAGGCACUGAGUGGAGCCUGUUUGCAAAUCCCUUGCAGCUUUACAGUGAAACCAUUUCAUAAGUUUGAUUCUCGGAGAAAAACAUUUGGAGUUUGGUUAAAACCUGGAGGCUCGAUUCUCAACAGUCCGAAAAACGUUGUUUACAACAGCAGUCAGCAGAAAAAUAAAUAUGACAUGGUCAUUACUGGAAACUUGAGGGAGAAGAACUGCACCACCGUGUUUCAUAACAUAAAGUCAGAGCAAGCAGACAAAUACUUCUUCAGGAUUGAGAAUGGGCCGUACAAACUAAGCGCUCUUUGUAAGCCUGUUAAUGUAAACGUUAGAGAAUCUGCUUGGAGACCCAGGAUUGAAAGCUCAGGUGACAUGAAGGAGAUGUCCUCCGUCCUUAUAACGUGCUCAGCUCUCGCUCCCUGUCCACAAUCACCUCCUAAAGUCACCUGGAACCUCGAACCAGACCACCGCAGUCUGAUGGGGAAGAACAGAGACGGAACGCUUACAGCUAAAAUCCAGAAGAACAUCGUGCUGUCAGACGAACAUAAUGGAUUCAACAUCACCUGCUUUGUGAGAUAUCCUGUGGAUGGAGGAAAACACAAGUUUGCAAAGGCAGAAAUGAUCCUCAGUGUUCUCUAUGCUCCCAAAAACACUUCAGCUUCCAUCAAUUUGACCGAAGAUGGUGGGGUGAUCAUGACAUGCUCCAGCAGAGCCAACCCUCCCGUCAGCCUCUUCACCUGGUUCAGGAACAGCACAAAUGGAACCAUGCAAGUAGCUGAAGGAGAAGUUUAUGGACUCAAUAUCACUGAGGAGGGGAUUUAUUACUGCAUGGCCACCAACAAUCUUGGUAAUCAGAAAUCCCCAGAGGUUCUUCUGAGAAGUUCAGAAAGAAGUAAUCAGAGAAACAUCGAAGGUGGGAGUGUGGAAGAACAUUCUGAAAGAACAGGAAUCAUGAGUAAUCCAGUCAAGACUUCACUUGUGUCAGCAUUAGGAGUUGUUUUGCUUGGCUGCCUGAUCAAAGUCCUCAUUUGGUUUCUUAAGGUCAUACAUCUAUCUCCAGAAAAGUCCCAAAUAGGACUACUUUGAAAUGUGAGUCAGAAGAACUGAUGUUGGGGAUGAGGAUCUAAACUCCUGGAUAAAACAGUCGCAGGAGACGACCUACACACAAUCAGGCUCCAGGUCAAAUAGCAGCUGAGCAAAUAAAUAAACAUUGACCUCGCUCUGUC